GCAUCUGUCAGAUAGGGCACUAUAGUGCUGCAGUUGUGAAACCAUAUCACGACCACAGCAUUUUUUUUUUCACUGUAUGCUCUUUGAAAGCACUUCAGCUCCUCUGAAAGAGAUCCAGAGAGAAAACUGUAUUGAUUAUGGCUGCUGCUGAGAGACAGUCUCUGGUGAUGUCUGAGAUAAAGAACAGAAGCAGGUAUUAGAUGGCAAUGCAAAAUCCAUUUCACAUUUCUUAAACAUAAAUAAUGAACUGCAGUCAGUUAGACUGUGGCCUUGACCCAUACCAAUCAGCCACUUUGCAUAAGCCAGCAGCUGGGCUCCUUGGACAUGUAACACACAAAAACACGGGGAUGAGUAGGUGCACAGAAACUCUUUUGUUGAUAAAGCAGCUCCAGCUGAUUGAGACAUAGGUGUUUUAUCUUGAACUGAUUCCAAAAAAAGAGUGAAGAAACUUCUGAGACAUUUUUUGUGAAAUAAGGAUUGAACUGCGGUCUUGUGGAGUUGCAUUUGUGUCAACAAAAUUUCUCCCAAUGAAGUUAAAAACUUUGUUCUCUGACAUGAAACCAGAAAGGGAUCUUUCCACUGCAAGCCCCAAAAGACUUGAGACAUAAACUUAUGAGCAGUCAACAGUCAACUGAGGUAAUCAGCACUCGUCUCUUUCCCUGCUUAUGCCAGCAUUUUGAAAUGAGUGAUUGCAGAUGCUGGCUUGCUGGGAGGAAAUGGGUAAAAGUGCAGUAGACUAAGUGCAUCCAAGUCUAUGUGCGCACACUUAUAGCACAGACACACAAGUCUGUAUAUCCAGGUCAUAUGAUAUUUGUAUCAACACACAGUUCAUGUAGAGAAGUGUGUGUUCACAAUGCACAAUGUAAACCUGAACUUUACAUCACACACCAAACACACACACUGCCCUUAAGGAAUUAUCAGGCGGACCCUGUCCUUUGGUCCACACAUGCACACGCACACACACACACACCCACACACACAGAGUGUAUAUAAAGGGCUGGUUCCUUGAGCUGUCAGUCUGACAAACGAACCUAAAGACAAGCUGCUACCUUGACUCACAGACCAGUCAAAAAUGCCUGCAGACUAUAAUGGACGUUGGGAGAUGGUGAGCAACGAAAACUUCGAGGAAGUCAUGAAGGCCCUCGACAUUGACUUUGCCACCAGAAAGAUCGCUUCCCACCUGCAUCAGGCAAAAGUGAUCGUCCAGAACGGGGACAAGUUUGAAACAAAGACCCUGAGCACCUUCAGGAACUACGAGGUCAACUUCACCAUUGGAGAAGAGUUUGAGGAGCACACAAAGGGCCUGGACAACCGGAAGGUCAAGACGCUGGUUACCUGGGAUGGUGACAAGCUGGUGUGUGUUCAGAAGGGAGAGAAGGAAAAUCGUGGCUGGAAACACUGGAUCGAAGGAGACAUGCUACAUCAGGAAAUCACUGUGCUCGACAAAGUCUGCCACCAAGUGUUUAAGAGGGCAUAAUAAGAUGGGAACAAACUAUCACUGCUCAAAACUGUCGUGUAUUGCAUGUUGCUGUCUAUUUAUAAUGUGACUGUGAAGACCUGUAAUAAAUUGAUUGAAAACA